AUGGAUAUGCAACCACUGGUCAAGACUGCUGUAUGGAAAUGCGUUAAUUGUCAAAGACAUAAACCUCGUUUGGCCCGUCAACUUAUGGGUAAUCUUUCGGCUGUUCGUGUUACUCCGAACGGGCUGUUUGUUGCUGCUGAUUUGGACUACACUGGACCUUUCAACUUGCGCAUUUCAAAAGGACGAGGACAAAAGUCUUUACAAGGUUACAUCGCGCUAUUUAUAUGCCUCAACACCAAAGCAAUUUAUCUGGAGGCUGUCGGUGAUUUAACCUCGGCUACUUUCUUGCUGGCACUUCGUCGCUUUCUUAAUGCGCAAGGCAACUGCACACACCUUUACAAUGACAACAGGACAACCGUUCGUGGCGCGGACGCCGAGCUUCGAGCCAUGUUUUGCGAUACUUCAGCUUUUUAUGCAGACGUCGCUCCUAAAUUAACUGAAAAUGGCAUCUCUUGGACGUUCAUUCCCCCUACUACACCACAUUAUGGAGGUAUAUGA